GUACCCCUUUUUACCGACGGGUAAAUUGAGGCUCUGAGCCCGAGAGGAUACUGCUUUAGCGGGGCGCUCUUCUCGCCUUAGAAGGAGGCAUCCGAGUCCCAUCCUCUCAGCCUCCAGUCUUCCACCCCUUUGGGGGCGUCCAAAUCUUGACUCCCUAAAGGGGAAACUGAGCCAUGAGGGCUGGCGAAGGGGUCAGGAGUACGUCUUCUGUAACUGCAAUGAAGUAGGAGGCUCGGGUUCCCCGCAUGUUAAAGACCAGUCGUCCACGGCUUCGGGGGCCACGCUUUUCCUGUCUGUGAAAUGGACUCCGUGUGAAUCCCAGUGGGAAAGUCUCGGGCUGCGUCUUGCCUUCCGGGACUACAAGUCCCAAGGUGCUUGAGGUGACCUCGCUGCCCCUCCCCCGCGGGACCCGCCUCCCUCCAGCCCGAGUCACGUCGUCUAACCUGUUCCCGGCUCCCGCCCCGCCCCGUCCUCCGCUCCCCGCAGCUGGAGCCGGAGCCGGAGGAAGCCCCCCGUGCCAGGACCUGCCUCGGACCGGAGCCGACGUUUCCCAGCCAGGGCAGCGGAAGGGCGAAGCGCUCACACCAUCCUGCUCCCAAGCCCGGGUUCCGGAGGCGGGGUCUGAGCCGCUUCCCCACUGCGCAGGCGCCUCGCUGCGGCCGGCACCAUGGACAGCGAGGCUUUCCAGAGCGCGCGGGACCUCCUGGACUUGAACUUCCAGUCGCUGGCCAUGAAGCACAUGGAUCUGAAGCAGAUGGAGCUGGACACCGCGGCUGCCAAGGUGGACGAACUGACCAAGCAGCUGGAGUCGCUGUGGUCAGACUCACCAGCGCCUCCUGGCUCGCAGGCCGGAGCCCCCAUUAGGGUCUCCCCACAGCAAUCCCGGUACAGCUCCAGCCCCGUCCCCGAGUCCUUCGGCAGCCGAGGCUCCCCGCGGAAGGCGGCCACCGACAGCGCAGACUCACCGUUCGGACGCUCCGAGAGUGCCCCGACCCUGCACCCGUACAGCCCACUGUCACCCAAGGGCCGGCCGUCCUCGCCGCGCACCCCACUCUACCUGCAGCCCGAAUUCGCCCCGCCUCUGCGCGCGCAGGAUGACCUGACACUCCGCCGGCGCCCCCUUAAAGCCUGGAACGAGUCUGACCUGGACGUGGCCUACGAGAAGAAAUCUCAGACCGCCAGCUAUGAACGCCUGGACAUCUUCACGCGGCCCGCCUCGCCGGGCCUGCAGCUGCUGCCCUGGAGAGAGAGCAGCCUGGAUGGGCUGGGGGCGUCAGGAAAGGACAAUCUCACGAGCGCCACUUUGCCCCGCAAUUACAAGGUCUCACCUCUGGCCAAUGACAGGCGCUCGGAUGGGGGCAGCUACCGCCGCUCGCUGGGCUCCGCCGCCGCAGGGCCAUCGGGCACCCUGCCCCCACCUGCCCCAGCUGCCCAGCCCCCACAACAGGCUUGGGCCCCUGUGAAUGAAGGCCUCCUUAAAUCCCCCGCUGAGCUGGAGCCAGAGCCGGAACUAGAGGUGCUGCUGACCCCGGUGCUGGAGGCUGGCGAUGCAGAUGAAGGCACUGUCGCUCGACCCCUCAGUCCCACGAGGCUGCAGCCAGCGCUGCCACCCGAGGCGCAGUCAGUGCCCGAGCUGGAGGAGGUAGCGCGAGUGCUGGCAGAGAUCCCUCGGCCCCUCAAACGCAGGGGCUCCAUGGAACAGAGCCCCGCUGUGGCCCUGCCCCCCACCCACAAGAAGCAGUACCAGCAGAUCAUCAGCCGCCUCUUCCACCGGCACGGCGGGCCAGGGCCUGGGGGUCCGGAGCCGGAGCUGUGCCCCAUCACUGAGGGAUCCGAGGCCAGGGCAGGGCCCCCCGCUCCCGCCCCACCGGUCCCCAUACCCCCCCCAGCCCCACCUCAGAGCAGCCCACCGGAGCAGCCACAGAGCAUGGAGAUGCGCUCCGUGCUGCGGAAGGCGGGCUCUCCUCGCAAGGCCCGGCGCGCGCGCCUCAACCCGCUGGUGCUGCUGCUGGAUGCAGCGCUGACGGGGGAACUGGAGGUGGUACAGCAGGCCGUGAAGGAGAUGAACGACCCAAGUCAGCCCAAUGAGGAGGGCAUCACCGCCCUGCACAACGCCAUCUGUGGUGCCAACUACGCUAUUGUCGACUUCCUCAUCGCUGCUGGCGCCAAUGUCAACUCCCCCGACAGCCACGGCUGGACGCCGCUGCACUGCGCGGCAUCGUGCAACGACACAGCCAUCUGUAUGGCGCUGGUGCAGCACGGCGCAGCCAUCUUCGCCACCACGCUCAGCGAUGGCGCCACUGCCAUCGAGAAGUGCGACCCCUACCGGGAGGGCUACGCUGAUUGUGCCACCUACCUGGCAGAUGUGGAGCACAGCAUGGGGCUGAUGCACAACGGGGCCGUGUAUGCGCUCUGGGACUACAGCGCCGAGUUUGGGGACGAGCUGUCCUUCCGUGAGGGCGACUCAGUCACUGUGCUGCGGAGGGACGGGCUGGAGGAGACCGACUGGUGGUGGGCGGCAUUGCACGGCCAGGAGGGCUACGUGCCGCGGAACUACUUGGGGCUUUUCCCCAGGGUGAAGUCCCAGAGGAAUAAAGUCUAGCAUGACAGAGGACGUCUCCCAGGGAGACAAGAGCACUGCCUGCCUGUGCCCCAGACCUCAGACUUGCCUCUCCGUGUAUGCUGCGCCCCUCACUCUGCAGGCCUGGGGCCCUCAGCCCCACUUCCUGCUCCCCCAGAAGCCUGGGGGAGGAGAAUCCCAGCCUUAGGUUUAGGAACCUGCCUUAGCCAUGGGAAGUCCAGGGAAUGGGGCUGGAAUCUUUUUUUUUUUUUUCCUUUGUGGUACUGGGGAUUGAAUGCACGGCCUUCAUAC